UCUAGAAGCAGAUAAGUGAGAGAAGUAUUCCAUAAUUCCUUCACUCUUCUGCUUCUAGAAUUAUAUACAGUGGUAUACAUAUACAGUAAAUGUGGUGUCAUUACUUUACCAAAAACCUCCAUAAGAGACAGACUUAAAGCAUACCAACCUUUCCUGAGAACACACAGAGAAAAAACAUCAUGUCAAGACAACAAAGUCAACUCCAGAAUGAAAUGGAGAUUGUUAAAAGUUUAAGGAAAUGGACUCCAGAGGAGAGAAGGAAAGAGCUAGUUAGAGAGUUGAGGAACAUAGAGAUGGAGCGCAGAGCGAGAGCGCUUCAGAGGGACAUGAGGGAAAAAGAGGAAAAAGACAAAGAGACUGAAAGAUUGCAAAGUCAGAAACAGAGAUAUGAGGAGGAGAGGAGGAGGCAGGAGAUCAAACAGAUGGAGGAGGAGAAAAGGAGGGUGAAUGAGCAAAAGGCCCUCGAGAAACAAAAACAGGUGCAACUGAAGAAAGCGAGGCUUGAGUGGAAGAAGGUGAUGAUGGUGGACGAGGAGCCAAUCACAUUGCCCGGAUUAACUCUGAGUGAUCUGAAAAGGGAGCAAAGGAGGUGCAGACAGGCUGAGCAAAGAGUGGAAGAUAAAGCCAGCUUUAAGAGCCUGACCUCGGAGCUAAAGGGCCAGGAGAAGAGUAAAAGAAAAACCCUGUUCAAUAACUGGGUUGGAGAGCCAAGUGAGACGAACAGGAGCUCCACCCAAACGGUUCCACCCCCCUCCACUGAAAUACCAAGCCUUGAGUCUAAAACAAUACCAAAAUCCAGGAGGAGAGUUAAGGCUACUCAAAUCUUGGAGGGAUGGCUCAAGAAAUUUGUCUGAGCAGUUUGCUAUACUGACCUGUCCAGAAACAGCAUCCUCAAAAAAUGGAUGAUCUUCUGAUGAAUAAAACAG